AUGGUUCGCGUCACCACACUCGCUUCAUUUGCUGCGCUAUCCUUCUCAGUUUAUGGUAUUGAACUUAAUGCCGACAACUCAGACUCGGUCAAGACCGCAGCCUCGGCCCUCGCAUCUGGAGUAGUAAAGUACUACAAUGGCAACGAGACUGGUGAGAUCCCCGGGCUAUUGAGCAUGCCGUAUUACUGGUGGGAAGGAGGAGCAAUGUUCGACACACUCAUUCAAUACUGGAGACUUACCGGGGACGCACAAUACAACGCGAUUACCACGCAGGCACUUUUGUUCCAGAAAGGAGAAGAUGAUUUCAUGCCUAUGAACCAAACGGCUACAAUUGGAAAUGAUGAUCAAGCGACUUGGGCUUUAGCGGCUAUGUCCGCAGCGGAGGCAGGUUUACCAGUAGUAGAGGGAAAUCCUAAAUGGGAAUCGUUAGCUGCAGCGGUUUUCGAUAUCAUGACUUUGCGAUGGGAUGAGCAAACUUGCAAUGGUGGCUUGAGAUGGCAGAUAUUCUCAUUUAACAAUGGGUACGACUACAAGAACAGUAUCUCAACUGGACUAUUCUUCCAACUCUCCGCAAGACUCGCUCGGUAUACCGGAAACUCCACCUACUCAGACUGGGCGGACAAGUCCUACACAUGGGCCAAAUCGAGCGGAUUCAUAGACGAAAAAUGGAGUGUCUUCGACGGUGCCCACGCCACUAAAAACUGCACCGAUAUCAACAAACUCCAGCCCUCAUACGACGCCGGCACUUUCAUCAGCGGAGCCGCACACAUGUACAAUCUCACCAAAGCAGAUUCGAAAUGGAAAGUCCCUCUCGAUGGCCUCUUAAACAAUACUCUCACAACCUUCUUCCCAGGCGGAAUCGCCACCGAAGUCAUGUGCGAGGAAAGUGGUCGCUGUAACACCGACAUGCGUGCUUUCAAAGGCCUACUCGCUCACAACCUCAUCGAUACGAUUCAAGUCGCGCCCUACACCGCAGACGCCAUUUUCCCAAAGCUGAAGAGCUCGGCUGAAGCAGCGGCAAAGGUAUGUGACGACGAAUGUCCUUUGUCAUGGACGGGCACCGGUGGUGAAGAAACAUCUAGCGGGGAUCUUGGAAGUCAGUUGAGUGCUUUGACGGUUGUUCAGGGGUUGUUGGUCAAGAGUGUGUCGCCGCCUGCGACGCAAGCUAAUGGUGGAGGUAAUGCUUCGACGACGACGAGUCCUACGAGUGGUGGUGCGGCGAAUGCUGCCGUCCCGAGUGGUACUACUUCCGCAACUCCUUCGCCUACGACGACGGGUAAUGCGGCCGCAAAUGGAAUUCAGAGACUGGGAAUGGGAUCUUUAGGUAUGUUACUGGGUUCAGUCGCUUGGGUUGCACUGUAA